AUGGAGUUACAAGAUCUAAUCAAUCGCAAUAGAAAGACUAUUGACAGAGAUAUAUCAUUAUCCUCAAAGAAACAUAUUGUAGUCACAUGUAGUGAAGAUAGUAAACUAUAUGAGUUUAAUGAGAUAAUAGAGUUCUUUAAGGAGAAGAUUCAUCAUCCAGGUGAUAAGAAGAACUAUUGGAUAGACUUUCAAUCAUUAGAGAAUGAUGAGAUAAUGGAGAUAUGUAAUCUGCUCGGUAUACAUCCAUUGACACAGAGGGAUAUCAUCAAGGAGGGCACCAGAGAGAAGUGCGAGAUAUUCUCAAAGCAUCUCUACGUGGCCGUGAACGAACUUCACUAUGCAGAGGGCUCCAAUCAUCUGGUGACUGGCACUCUCAACAUCAUCCUCUUUCAGAAUCUGGUGCUGACGUUCCACGCUCACAUGCUACUGUCGACGUCGCAGGUUGUCAGGAUGAUCAAAUACAAAGAGGAAGGUGCGUUGUCGUCAUCGGCCUGGAUCAUCUACGCCUACCUUGACUCUAUCGUUGACCUGUACGUCGAUCUCGUCGAGAAGAUCAUCAUGGAGACCGAAUCACUGGACGAGCUGGUCUCUCUGCUGAGUGGCCUCAAGCAGAACGAACUGUUCACGCGUAUUGGUUUGGCCGGCCGUCGAGUCACCAGUUUACACAGCGGCAUCUUUGAAAAGAGCGAGAUCAUAUCAGUGUUGUUGCGCGACGAGAAGCUAAUCCCACUGCCACUGCAUAGUUACCUGCGCAACGUCCAAGACAGCGUUGUGAGAAUGACACAGAAGCUCAGUCUGUGUCGCCGUCUGCUGGGCGACCUAAACAACAUGUACAUGGCGCGUGUCUCUCUGGAGGUUAGCGACCACUCCAAUCGCAUGAACAUUACAAUGCGAAAGUUCACAGCAAUCAGUUCCAUCUUUAUCCCAUUGAUCUGUGUGACCAGUGUACUUGGCAUGAACAUCAAGUAUCCAGGUAUGGUCGAAGAAGAUGUCAACAACAACUACAACUCAUUCAUUGGCGUCAUGUGCGGCAUGAUUGGCUUUGCACUCAUAUCCGCGCUACUAUUCAAACGAGCUGGAUGGCUUUAG